AUGGUCUUUGUGCGCGGUGGGAAGUCAGAGUAUGCGGCUUGGGAGCAGCUGGGUGCCAAAGGCUGGGGAUGGGAUGACCUGUUGCCGUACUUUCGGAAAAGCGAGAAUUUCACGACCCCGCCUCAAGACUUUGCUGACGCUGCCAACAUCUCGUGGGUAGAGUCGGCUCACGGCCACACCGGACCUGUCCGUGCCUCGUAUCCCAAUUAUUAUUUCCCCGGUGCUGAAAACUUCUGGCAAGCUGCUCUACAAAGCGGCCUCACCCCUUCCCCGGACCCCAAUGGCGGCGACCGGGCUGUCGGUCUCUUCACCUUCCCCACCCUCGCCGACGCAACAACCCGGACCCGGAGCCACGCGCGGAUCAAUCAUUACCAACGCGUCAAAGACUCUCGUCCCAACUACCACAUCUUGGCUGGACACACUGUAUCCAAGAUCCUAUUCAAGGGAAGGAGGGCCGUUGGUCUCGAGUAUCUACCUUCAACUGGUGGUGAGCCCCUCGAGGUCUACGUAAAGAAGGAGGUCCUGCUGGCAGCUGGGGCGCUCCAUACACCACAGAUUCUACAGCUUUCUGGCAUUGGGUCAAAGAAAUUCUUGAAGAGCUUUGGAAUCGAUACCAUUGCAGAUCUGCCUGGGGUCGGCGAGAACUUUAUGGAUCAGGGUGAACUAAAGGUUCCCUUCACAUUUGAAAACAAUGUUUUCCCCAACUCUGGAGCUCUAGACACCAACAAAACAUACGACGCUGAACAACGCGCCCUUUACGACGCCAAAAAGCAGGGAGCGUACACCAUCGUCAGAACCCUGAGCACAAACCUAGCCGUACCGCCGCUAGCCAACACAACCUCCUCCUGGCGCGACAUCCUCGCCACUGCAAAGUCCCACGACCCCACCGAGUAUCUUGCUCCAGGUACCCCUGCAUCCGUUCAAGAAGGCUACAAGAAGCAGCGGGAAAUCGUUCUCGACCAGCUCGCAGGACAAGACGUGCCCCUCGGCAUGGUCCACUGGGGUACCGGCAAUAGUAUCACGCUCUACUUUCUCCGGGCGCUGAGCCGCGGUUCGGUGAAGAUUAACUCCACGGACCCGCUGCAGCAACCCGUCAUUGACUUUCGCACUGCUUCUGAUCCCACUGACCUCGACCUCGCUGUGGCGCUGUUUGAGAAGGGGAAGGAGAUCAUGUCUGCGCCGGCGAUGAAGAUUCUUGGGCCCAAGAUGGCAUCGCCGUAUGAUACCGCUUCCAAAGAAGAGAUGAAGACGUUGCUGGCUGCGAACAUGUCACCUUCGAACGCCCAUUCGUGUUGUACUGCGGCUAUGGUACCCAAGGAAGAAGGAGGUGUGGUGGAUACGGAGAUGCAGGUUUAUGGGGUUAAGGGAUUGAGGGUUAUUGAUGUUAGUUAUUGGCCCAUGGUGUUGACUGCAGCGCCGACGGCAACGACUUAUGCCUCUGGAGAAAAGAUUGCGGAUAUCAUCAAGAAAAAGUAUGGUAUCGCCUCACUCUGA